AGCACAAAAUUGAUAAUUUGGUUCACGUACAUCUACAUCUAUAUUCACCUAGAUGUAUAUAAAAGGUGUUAUUCAUUUACAUGAAUCACACAUUUAAAUUUUUGUUAAUUUCUUUUUUACAAAAAUCUUUGUUAAUCAAUCUUACAAAUAAAAAAAAAAAAAAAACUUUGUUAAUCAAUUAAUUAUUUCACUAAUUAAACGAUGGCAUUAGAGACAAAUGACAUGAAUUACCGAAAUUACCCCAACCGUACUACAUAAAAUACCCCAUUAUACCCUUUAAUAUGUGCGUCCACCCAAUAAUUUUGUAAGAAUUUUUUUAUUUAUCCCUUCAAUGGCCACUAAGCUUAUGCAACCACCAAUAAUCCCAACUUCACAUUCAUUUCCACAAUUAUCCCAAAUCAAAAUCCCACUUACUUCAUCAUUCUCACUUCCAAAUUCAAAAUUCAACUGUACAAAAUUUAAGCAUUAUUUAUCUUCUGGGUUUACACUUAGAGUUGAUUGUACUACUGAAGAACACAGCUCAGAUUUGCUUCUCAAUAAUGAAGACACUAAUUUUCUUACUAAAUCAAGUAUUUAUAGCUCUAUUGAAGGUAACAAUAGAGGUAUUUUUGGGGUUACAUCUGACAAGAAGAGAGAAAUUGAGGAUUUGGUGAUGGAACUUGAAGCUAAUAAUCCAACACCCAAUCCAACACACACUUUAGAUAAGGUUAGUGGAUGCUGGAAGCUUAUCUAUAGUACAAUUACUAUAUUGGGUUCAAAAAGAACUAAGCUUGGACUCAGAGAUUUUAUCAAUUUGGGGGAUUUUUUACAGAUCAUUGAUAUUGCUGAGGGCAAAGCAGUUAACAUAAUCAAGUUCAGUGCAAGAGGACUGAUUCUGCUAAAUGGUCAGUUGACAGUUCAGGCCUCUUUCAGUGUUGUCUCACCAUCGAGAGUAAGUAUCAAGUAUGACAAUUCACAGAUCACCCCAGAAAAGCUGAUGAAUUUGUUCAAGAAAAAUUAUGAUCUUUUACUCGGUAUAUUCAAUCCAGAAGGUUGGCUGGAGAUCACAUAUUUAGAUGACACGAUGCGGAUAGGAAGAGAUAAUAAAGGCAACAUCUUCAUACUAGAAAGAACAACAGAUAGUUGAUCAGUUCUACUUUGAUGUUUUGAUCAUGGCCUUGAGAUCAUGUGCUUAAAGAGUUUACAAGGGGUAAUCUAAAGUAUGGAAGUGAGAAUUUUCAAGUGUGCAGGGCUAGCAUUCACUUCUUGUACAUGUAUUAUUUUGACUUUUACAAAUACAAUGCUUUGUAGAUAUCAUUCCAUUGUCCACGGAUUAUGUUAACAAGUCUAAGAAUUGAUUUGCAAACUUUUUUUUUUGGUGAGAAGAAUUGAUUUGCAAACAUUUCAUCAAAGACAAAUAAAAAGAUACAAUCACUUGAUUACAUAUUGUC